AUGCUGACUGCCGUCGUUUGUGGCGAAGUUUUUGCUUCGCCCUCUGCCUAUGCAGUGGCUCGCGCUCUAGAAGCCAUCACCGGCAGUGCCGGAGCGAUUGUCGUUGUCAGAUCGAACGCAGGCACCCGGCUGAACUUCAUGUCUGCUGUGAAGGAAGUCCAGAGUCGCUUACACUUGCGGGUCAAGGUGGUCUGCGUGUCUGAUGACGUGGCCACGAGCAAGAGGUAUGGCUCCCGCGCUGAUUUCACGCAGGCGAGAGGCAUUGCAGGUUCCCUCCUGAUCUGCAAGAUUGCUGGUGCGGCAGCAGCAGCAGAACUCUCGCUAGAUGAGGUCUACGAGGAGACGGCAGCAGCUGCAGCAGCGGUCCGGACUCAAGGAGUCAGUUUCCACUCCUGCAGCAUUCCCGGGAUGCUUCCUGCCAGACCUAUCCCGGCAGACGAGAUGGAGGUGGGUCUGGGGAUCCAUGGUGAGCCUGGCCUUCGAGUCAAAGCGACCUCCAGCACAACUGCGAAGGAGAUUGUGGAGACCAUUAUGUCGCAGCUGGCCAUCCAUGUUCCUCGCAAAGUCCCACUGUGCGUCAUGCUGAACAAUCUGGGAUCGGUGCCUGAGAUCGAGAUGCAGCUAGUUGCUGGUCAAGUAAUGAAUUCGGAGCUCGGUCCCCGGAUCAAGCUUCUGAUCGGGCCAGCACAUCUCAUGACUGCCUUGGACACGAACGGGAUCUCCAUCAGCGUCUUGCCACUAGAGGAUCGCGACACCAGCACUUGCGGGACAAGUGUGGCUUUAGACAGAAAACGAGAUGACGACGCCGACGCUGGCCAGCCCACCGAUGGGCGACGCCGCUCCAAAAGUGUCCAUUUUCGGGAUGAGACCCCGGACAUGAAGGCGAAGGAGGCUUUUGUACAGGUCUUCUCGCCCGAGCAGUUUGACGGUCCAGACGUCCAAAGUGAAUGCACCAGCCAUGCUGGCCAGACCCCGGCGAAGCCAAACGAAGCAUUCUUCCCGCAGAUUCUCGAAGAGGAGGCAGACGAGGCGAACGAGUGCUCAGACGACAUCGAGGAGGCUGACAGCUGCUGCGAGAACCCCGAGCUCUCUCUUCGUGCCAUGCGGCUGCUCGCGCCGGUUUCGUGCACGGGCUGGAAGGCUGCCGUCAUCCCUCGCAAUCCACAGAUCGUCAAGCGACAUGAUCCACGGCCGCUGCUCGCAAUACGUGGGCGAUCAGCUUCAAGCCGUUUCGCAGACUCUGAGCAUCCUCUCGUUCGCUCGAUGCUGACCCGUGCUUGUCAGGCUAUUCUGGACAGCGAGCGCGAGCUCAACGCCCUUGAUGCGGCUGCUGCAGAUGGCGACCUGGGGCGGAACAUGGCUCGAGCAGCACAGCUGGUCCUGGGUGCUCUAGCUGAUGGCCACCUGCCGCUGGCCCGUCCAGCCUUGCUGUUCCUGCGCCUGGCGGAUAUCAUGCGUGGUGUGGAUGGAACACUUUCCGCCCUAAUGUCGGUCUUCUUCGGCCGAGCUGGCCGCUUCCUGGCGCACCGGCGAGCGAAGUGGCAAAAGAAGGCCAAGGCCAAGGGAAGGAGCAGAAAGCGGUGCUUCAGCCACAUGGGCUGGAACAGCGUCGAUGUUUACGAUGCUUUCCGUGCCGCUGAGAAGGAGGUGGAAGAAGUUGGCGAAUGUGCCGAAGGGAAGCGCACGUUUCUAGAUGCGCUGCUUCCGGCGCUGCAAGCGGCCGGAAACACCAUCAAACGACCAGCUGAGGGCUGCGAAGGCGAGCUCCUGCUGCCACUGGAGGAUGACGAGGACGACAGCGACUGGAGCCACUCCUUGGCUUCAUGGAGUCGGCAAACCAGCAAUGGCAACGACGUGGAGGAGGAGGAGACAGAGGCUCCGGGUGACGAGGCAGAUAUUCCUGUGCCCUGGGAAGCGAUUGCCGUGGCCGCCCAAGAGGGCGCACGAGCCACGGCCAGCAUGAAGAGCUCGCCUUGCUAUGGAGGCUUCAUCAAUGACUGCAGCGAAAGCAUCUGCGACGGCGGGGCCAUGGUCGUGGCAAUCCUCCUCACAGCCAUGGCAGGGCCAGCUCAAGGUCUGCUGCAGGUGGUGGAGGACGAGCGGGUCAAGGACACCGUGCAGAUUGGAGAGACCAUUGGCCAUGGAUCCUUCGGAACGGUCUACGUGGCGAAGCUGGCAUCCGGGGGUUCGCAAGUCGCGGUCAAGAUAAGCAAGCGGUCCAAGGAAAGUGGCCCGAGGAGCUUUGGCGAUCUGGAUUUCUUGGACCGGCGCAUCGUGAGCAACUGGCUCUUCAUGAACAAGCCGAACAUCACGCAUGUUCAUCAGGUGCUCGUGAGCCCAACCUUCUUGUAUGUCAUCAUGGAGUAUUUGGACGGGCCGGAUCUCUCCGAUUGGAUGCUCGCUGACGAGGGGCAACGCCGAAACGAGCUGGUCGUCAUGCUGCUGCUUCAGCAAAUCUUGCUGGCGGCACGUGAAGUGCACCGACAUGGCUUCGUCCACAGAGACCUGAAGCUGGACAAUUUCCGCUUCGCCAGAGGACCUUCCAGCGAGCUGAAGCUUGUAGACGUCGUUGGGACGAUGUGCUUUCGCCCGGACCGCUUGAUUUCAAAAAGUUGGUGCGGCACUGGGCCCUUCUUGAGCCCAGAGGCUCUUCUGGGAGACGUGUCGCCUGCCGCGGACAUGUGGGCCAUUGGCGUCAUGGCCUUCGUGCUUCUUUCUGGAGACCUUCCUUUUCAGGCCUCCUCCCUCUCCGAGCUGCGAGAGGCGCACGAGCGGGCCCUUGACGGCGAUGCUGUGUUCAAGGAGAUCUCGGAAGCCAGCAAGCAGUUGGUACUCCAACUGCUCAACCCGGAGCAGGCCAAGCGGCUGACGGUGGACCAAGCUCUGGAGCUGAUCGAAGCGGAGGAAGGCUGUCUCGCACAGGCCAGGUCCAGACCACAGCCGCUUCCGCUCGCUCGCUGUCAGCGUGUUCGAAGCGAAUGCUGGAGCAGUUGCUGUCCUGAUCUGAAGCCGCCGGAGGUCAAAACCCUCUACUUGGUGCGGCAUGGCGAGGCAGUCCACAACAUUAAGGAGAAACAGGCCCAGCUGAGCGCCAAGCAACAAGCGUUAUCCGAUGGCCUCACGCCCAGCUCGGGCGAGUUUCAGGCGCGUGUGGAAACGGCCAGGAAGCAGGUGCUGCAAGAUGAGACUCUUCACGACGCUGCACUGUCGCCUUCUGGAAAGAUGCAAGCAUUGGAUGCCCUUGCUGAAAUCAAGAGGCUGACGAUGCAAAGCUACCCGCAGCCCACGGCUAUCUAUGUCUCUCCUCUGCAGCGGACCCUGCAAACGGCGGCGAUCCUCUUUCCGGAGCAUCCGAGCAUUCAUGUGCGAGAAGAGCUGCGUGAGCGCCGCACGGGGUUGCCUUGCGACGAGCGCCAGCGUGCCGACCAAGUUGCAAUGCGACAGACCUUCAACUUCAUGUCUUUUGAUGAGUUGCGCAGUCACGACCGGCAGAACUUCCGACAAUGCUCUAGUGCAGAAGACGGGGAAGAGGACAAGAACGAGCUGCGUAGCCGAACAGGGCUGAUGGAGACGUUGUUGCGUGAACAGGCAGACGGCUGCUUGGCUGUGGUGACGCACAAGGGCUACCUGCGGGAGCUUGAACGUGGGCGCCUUGGAGUUCCGGAUGCCCAGGAGUUCGACAACUGCGAGGUGCGCGUGUACCAGGUCACACUUCCCGCUGAAGGCGGGAUGCUGGCCAAGAGGCUUUACAUCCGGUUUCCUGACAAGAUCUCCGGUAGAUGCGCUCGGGUGGACUCGCUGAGCUUGGGGAGCAACAUUUGCGAAAAGGUUGGCUCAGAAGCUCGUCUUCCCGGACAUUUCUCGGCUUCCAUCGCCGAAUCCACAGCCUUCUCGGCUGGCGAGGCUUUUCGGGAGCGAUGGACAAACUUGGUUGACGCUCUUCGAGGCCAUCGUCCAGAUGCCUCGCCAGGUUUCCUUGAUGCACUGCAAGUACGACUGGCGUUGGGCUGA